AGAACGAAUAUGCAUGAACGAGUCAACAGAACAGAGAGGCAGUUUAAAUCUCUCCCAGCUAACCAACAGAGUCUUCUUCCUCAAUUCCUUCCUCACCUUGACAAGAUUCGGAAGUGCAUUGAUCAUAAUCAAGAGAUACUACAGACCAUAGUGAAUGACUGCGUUCAUAUGUUUGAAAAUAAAGAAUAUGGAGAAGACGGAAGAGGGAACAUUACACCAGCUUCAACAUUUGACAUGGAUAAAUUAAAAUCCACUUUGAAACAAUUUGUGAGAGACUGGAGCGAAGAGGGGAAGCCUGAGAGAGAUGCCUGCUACCAGCCAAUCAUUAAUGAAAUUGUAAAGAACUUUCCAAAAGAAAGAUGGGAUUUCUCCAAAGUUAAUAUCCUGGUACCUGGUGCUGGGCUAGGUAGAUUGGCGUGGGAAAUAGCUAUGCUCGGUUAUGCUUGCCAAGGAAAUGAAUGGAGCCUCUUUAUGCUCUUUUCUUCUAACUUUGUACUCAACAGAUGCUCUGAAAUUAACUCAUGUAAGCUUUAUCCCUGGAUUCAUCAGUUUAGCAAUAACAGAAGAUCUGCUGAUCAGAUACGUCCAAUUUACUUCCCUGAUGUUGAUCCUCACAGUCUUCCUUCUGGUUCAAACUUCUCUAUGACAGCAGGGGAUUUUCAAGAAAUUUAUUCUGAGUGCAAUACAUGGGACUGCAUAGCCACUUGCUUUUUCAUAGAUACAGCACAUAAUGUCAUUGAUUACAUUGAUACUAUAUGGAAAAUACUAAAGCCUGGAGGAAUAUGGAUAAAUGUAGGUCCUCUCCUUUACCACUUUGAAAACUUGGGAAAUGAACUUUCUAUAGAAUUAAGCUAUGAGGAUAUAAAAAAUGUUAUACUGCAAUAUGGAUUCCAUAUAGAGGUGGAGAAAGAAUCUGUACUGUCAACUUACACUGUGAAUGAACUCUCCAUGAUGAAAUACUACUAUGAAUGUGUGUUGUUUGUGGUUAGAAAACCAGAAUAGAAGUGGUCUGAACAGGUUAACCAGAAAAAAAAAAUGUUGGCUUGAAAGCUAGAAAUUGGAAUAAAGUGGACUGGGUGGUAUCUGGAAACAACCUCAAAUCAGUGGUGCCUUCUUAUUCCUAACAGGAUUUAGAUAGUGUCUAUUUUCUUAAUAUCUCUAUUGCUAUCCAGACAUGUAUUAUGCCAUUCAUAUUUGUAAUAUACUUAUGAAAGUGGAGGAGGAAACGUUCACAUACACUGUCUUUGUGCUUUGGAAUGCAUUAAAAAUAAAAGCAAAAACACUUUCUUGAGAAUAAAUUUUAAUGUUUGCCAUAACCAGGCUAAUUCUCUGCAUAUGCUGUCUCAUUUUUUCAUAGUUUUAUAGUGAUUUUCUUUUUUCUACUUUCUGAUGUUAGGAAUCCAUGUUAGGUGCUUACUGUACUACCUG